CUUUCUUAACGAAUUGUCUACGUGACAAUUAGUAGGUGUGCACCUGUAAAUGCUGCAUUUUGUAAAGCUAUAAUUACGGGGUUAAAUGGAUGUUGGCAUUCUGAGUGUGAUUGUGUGAACUCUAUGAUGUUCAACAUUUUUUUGAGCCAGAUCCCUCUAUUUCCAGCUUUAGAAUCUUUAAAAUGGAAAGAUCAAAAUUUUAUCCCCGUACUAACGUGUUGGGAGGUGAGCAAAGAAAGAUGGAUUGGCCAGAUGAGGCGGUGGAAGUUUGUCGAAGUUGAAAUCUAACGCGUGGCUGAAAUUCCGGUCGAAGCUGUGAUCAAUGUUGUUUCGUUUCUUUUCUUCGAACUGGCUCUGCUUUCGUUCCAUUCCAAAAAGGAGUUUGAAAAUAUGGAUGGAUACAUUUUCUCCGGCCCAGAUGAAACCGGGAUUUUAAGAUCCGUGAUACAUUGGGAAGCAACACUAGUUUGACAUCUUCUAGGACACUGAAAGGAGCCAAACAGAUGAUACUAGUGAAGGCUAUGGGUUUCUUUGAUUUUUUAUUUGGAAGGGAUUGCAGAAGGUUCAGCUUCAAGCGAAAAUAUAGUGAUGCAGGGGAAGCAGGGCGAGCAUUGGAAGAACUUAGAAGUAGUACACAUAAUAAUGAGCUCCGAACGUCGGAAGGGGCGAAGCGCCAACAACAGAGGUAUUGUGGGCCGGUGGUUGCGAUGGCGUUUAAUUUCAUGGUUGCUGUUGGAAUAAUCCUCGGAAACAAGCUCGUGAUGGGUAGAGUUGGGUUCAAUUUCCCUAUCCUCCUCACUUUGAUUCAUUAUACAUGUGCUUGGGUCCUACUAGCCGUUUUCAAGGCGUUGUCGAUUUUGCCGGUUGCUCCUCCUUCUAAAUCCACACCCUUCUCUUCCCUUUUUGGUUUGGGAGCCGUCAUGGCUCUCGCAUCUGGCCUUGCUAACACUAGUCUUAAACAUAACAGUGUAGGUUUCUAUCAAAUGGCUAAGAUUGCUGUGACUCCAACAAUUGUCAUUGCUGAGUUCAUUCUUUUCACAAAGAAAAUCUCAUUUAAAAAAGUUUUGGCUCUUCUGUUAGUCUCGUUCGGUGUGGCAGUUGCUACUGUGACAGAUUUAGAAUUCAAUCUCUUUGGCGCUUGCAUAGCAAUAGCUUGGAUAAUCCCUAGUGCCAUAAAUAAAAUCCUAUGGUCUAACCUCCAGCAGCAAAGGAAUUGGACUGCCCUCGCGUUGAUGUGGAAAACAACCCCCAUCACAAUAUUUUUCUUACUGGCUCUUAUGCCAUGGUUGGACCCACCAGGGGCUUUAUUAUUCAAGUGGAAUGUCCAUAAUGUCACUGCCAUUCUUGCAUCUGCCUGCCUCGGUUUCCUCUUGCAAUGGUCCGGAGCCUUAGCACUUGGAGCUACAUCUGCAAUCUCACACGUUGUAUUAGGGCAAUUCAAGACCUGUGUGGUUCUACUGGGAGGGUAUUUACUUUUCAGUUCAGACCCAGGGAUGGUGAGCAUAUGUGGGGUCAUUGCUGCACUUUGCGGGAUGUCGAUAUACACGCUGCUUAGCUUGAAAGAAUCAAGUGACUACAUCCCUAAGCAUAGUCUUUCUCCAAAGCUUGUAACACAUGAUGAUGAUUCAAAAGCAGCACAUCAUGCUCCUACCCCGCCUGCAAUCUGACCUUUUAAUGCAAAUCUCUUUUCAACAAGAAAAGUUGUGCCUCUCAUAUACUCUUUUGUACAUUUUUCAUAAAUUAGGAAGUCCAAUCUCACUCAUUUUGAAUUCUAAUCUCCCUCUUGUUUUUUUACAUAAAGAAAAACAAAGUGCA